CCGGUACCGAAAAUUCCGCACAUCACUAUAGGUUAUUCACCACGGCAGAUAAACUAUUGUUCAAAAUAGUAAAUAAAUGAAAGUAAAUUUUAACAGAAUAAAAUGAAUAAUGGUGCAUCGUAUAGUAUUCACACUAUUUGCCGAAUUUGUUUGGAGCUGUUGCAGAAUGAGAGUGUCUACGACAUAUUUGCUAUACCAGGAUUGGCCAAAACGUUGAGUUCGUGCACCAAACUCUCGGUGGAGCCCCAUGACGGAUUUCCUCGUAAUAUUUGUGGAGUUUGUCAUACGCGUCUAAUGGAUAUGCAACAUUUUCAAAAGCUGUGUGUAGAGUCAGUGCAAAAGUUUCAAGAACUGGUGUCCAAAAAUUUAAUAACAGAUCAUGACAGCGUGCUGGCUGUGCUAGAGACGGCUGCUGUAGGCGCUCAAAAUGAGGUUGUAGAUGAAGAUGAGCCAAUAGAUUUCGACCCACUUUUAAAUAAUAAGCUGGAAAUGAUUGAAAACGAAGAUGAUGUCUUUAAAAUGCUGGAAAAUGUGGACAAAGAAGUCGGGGAUAGUUCAGUAGAUGUGAAACGAACCGAGCCUGUUAAAAGUGAUAAGACAUCUGAUCACAAAUGUUUGCCUAAUGAUUUUGAUGAUCACGACAGCGAUUGUUCUAAUUUUGUGACUAUGGACAUUGGGGAAACAUCAAUCAGAAGUAGUGAAAGUGAAGACAAACAACCAUUGGCGGCCCGUUUACGAAAGUCUCGCCGUUCAAAAAGGGCCCUACGAAAAGAAGAUAUAAUCGACGACGGACUAGAUGCAGAUGAAUAUGACGAAGGAAUCAAAAAGAAAAAGUUGGCACAGAAACGUCAACCGCGGGUAAACGGUGAAGACGCUUCUGUGAAUACAAUAGAAUGUCAUAUUUGCCAAAAGAAGUUUAGAAAGCCUGAACGUUAUGAGGAGCAUAUGCGGCACCACAACGAUAAGUUGCCGCACCAAUGCUCGGUUGGUUCUUGCCUCAAAGGAUUUACAACUGCUAACGGACUUCGGUUGCAUAUGGAGCAUUGUCAUGCUGAAACAUGUGAAAGCUAUCCAUGUCCUGAAGAAGGCUGUGGUCGCACAUUCCCUCGAACUCGCUUACUUAACUGGCAUUUACGCAAAGUACAUAAAAUUGCUAAAGAGCUCCGAGAACCGAAAUGUUAUACCUGUAGCCAAUGCGAUAAAGUGUUCCGUUGUCCCAUGGCGCUUAAAAAACAUAUGUACAAGCACGAUGGUAAGGAGUUACCUUUCCCUUGUAACAUAUGCGGGAAACGUUUUGUUAUUAAUAGCGCACUUAAAGAUCAUCUAAUGAGGCAUGCAGGAAUUAAAAACUACGUUUGUCCUUAUUGCGGGGUUGGUAAAACAACUCGGCAGGAGUGGAAUACACAUAUAAAUACGCACACUCAAGAGAAAAAAUUCCAUUGCCCACAAUGCACUUAUGCCUCACAUAACAAACAAAAUUUGCGCAUGCAUGUAAAGAUUGUUCACGAAAAGAUUAAGGACUAUGCAUGCCAAUACUGUGGCAAAACAUUUGGAAAAUCUAACGCUUGCAAAAUGCAUGAAAUGACACAUACAGGCGAAAAACGAUGUGAGUGCAAGGUCUGUGGUAAACGGUUUCUCUAUGCCAAAGCUUUGACAAAGCACUUGAAGACACAUGAAAAGCGGGUAUUACGAGCUAUUGAGGUGUACCGUAAGCGACAGAUUGAAAAUGGUUUCAUGUCGGCCGAUACACCGGAUAUACCAAUACCUGAGUUGCCUUCCACAGAGACACAUACACAAGAAGCACACCAAAAAGUGGCUGAAGAGAUACUUAAAGUUUGUGCAGAGUCAACAGCCUCAAUACCUAGAAAUCCUCGACGCGUUGAACGUGUUGACAUAUCUGAACUUGCAGGCACUGCAGUCAACCCUAUACCCUCAGUGGCCGUACCUUCUUGGUGCCCACAAAUAAAUUUUAUGAUGAAAGAGGGUCCUUAUAUCUGUCCUGAUUGCGGUCAGGGAUUUAAUGGUCAAGGAAACCUUAAACGGCAUCAUCGUAUCGUACAUGAAGGAGUUAAAGACUUUGCUUGUCGCUUUUGUCACAAACGUUUCGCUAAAGCACAAACACUAAAACAUCAUGAGAUGACACACACCGGUGAAAAGCCACAUGAGUGCAGCAAUUGUGGAAAGCGCUUUAUUCAAUACGUCGCAUUAAAACGUCAUAUGAAGAUACAUAUGAAUAAACCACCACCCAUCAUACCACCAAGUGUUUACGAAGCACGGGAGGAGCUAGAAUUGCAGGAGCGCGAAAAACUGGAAACAAAACGUAAAAAACAAGAAGCACGUGCCGCUAUCGCUGAGUUAGCUCGAGAACAACUCGAUGAAAUGGAACAUCAAGAGCCUGAGGUUAAGGAAGACUUGCAACAACUGACAAUAAUGGAAAAUCAAGAAUUCAUAAAAAUUGAUCCAAUGACAGAAAUAGAGGCGAAUACAGAGCUAAAUGGCGAAUUAGGAGAAUUUCCACAUAUAAAUACCAGCACCAUGGGCACAUGAACAUAAUACGAGAUUUAUUGAUGUAGUAUAAAAAACUACUCUACAUUUUAAAUAAGAAAUGAAAGCGAUCUAUUCGCUUGUCUGGCAGACUUUAAUUGGAAUUAGUGUUUCUAGUUUUUGAUAAAAUUUAUAUGUAUGAAUCAUGAUAAAAACAUAUACUAUACUAUACUAUAUUUUUAUCAUGGUAUG